UCGGCCUCAGUAACGGCUCAGUAACCAUACUAUAGCACUGCGCGACUACUGUCUCACCUCCCUGGUUGUACUCAUUCGAGCGGCAGAAACCUUCGGGUUAUUUUCACCCGCCUCUCGCUUGGGCCACAAUGGUAUGGAAGAUAUAUUCGUCUAUCAUGGAUUGGAUAGCGGGUGAUAUGGUCCUCAAGUAGACUCGGACUAACCCCCUGCAAGUGGGUUUAUCUCAAGAUUUCCUGUUGGGAUUUCCAGCCAUCAACGAACAAUUCUUUUUUUCAUUUUUCCUUCCACUCCACUUGGAAAUGUUGUCAUCUGAAGGAAUUAGAAUAUCAGUCGUGACUUUCGUCAUCCUUAUUCUGUCUCAGGAUUUUAUACAGGUCCAUUCGGCAGCCACUUUUAUCGAAAGUCAAGAAGGAUGGGCGACUGCCGAGUACUCGAACGUCACGCUAUACUGCCGGGUGUUCAUCUCUGGCGGAACCAGCCCCCACUUUUCAUGUGCUACGAUCAGCUUCACCAAGAAUGAGACGAUUAUUGAAGAAAACCUGAAAUAUCUCCGAUCUGGCCCGACUUUUGCCGAUAACAAGGUCACUUGCACAAUGACAAUACUUCGUGUCGAAUCGGAAGACUCCGGAUUGUAUGGUUGUUGCUUAACAGACAAGACAACAGGCUCGUGCUACAAGCAUCCCACAAAAAUGCUGAACGUCAUAUCACUUCCCACUACAGUUCAAACCACAUUAGAAGUUACGUCAACUGAUGCAGCAACAUCUGUUUCCACUACAACAUUAUUCACUGACAACCGUGUUAGCUCAGUGGGUGUGACAUACAACAAAGUUACAGCCUCGCCAGAAAAUAAUUCAUCUUUAUCGAAAUCGGAGAAUAUCGCUCGCGUCCAGCACACCAACGAUUCACUCCAUAAAACCAUAUGGCCGGUGCUUUUUGUGGCAGCAUUGAUUAUUGGGAUUUUGGUGCUUUUCGGGAUGCGUUACUUACGAAAGAAACGAGCAGACGAAUCGUUACCCGGAAGCGUUACAGACGUCAACGUCUACCAUUCGAUCGAUUCCGAUAAGGAGGUGGAGAAAGGAUGACGUCACAAUUAACAUCAGAACCAUCCACAAUGAGCAGAGAUCCCUUCACUCAUCUAUAGGGUCACAAACAUUUCAAACUCAUCAGUUGCUGAAUUGCCUGAGUAACUAAAUUUUUCUGACUAACCGGGGAUGUCAUGAUAGUUAUGAUAUUUAUUAUAUAUAUAUUAUAUAUAUACUUAUAUAUACACACAACUGAGAAUUUAUUUAUUUCAAAUUACAGCCCUAUGCUUGACAAUUGGUGAUAUUUGAAAAUAUUUGUGACAGUGUAAAAAUCAUAUUAAGGAGUUUUAAAGAAGUUUUAUUUAUGUAUGGAUAUUCAUUCAUUUAAGUUCAAUAUUAAAGGCAACAUUUUGUUGUUCCUGCGUGCAAACUUUGUAUUGAGUAAUUGAAUGUCAUAUCUGUGUAUUGACUAAACAGUAAUUACGUUUGUUACUGUCACAAGCUAUUUUUUUUUAAAGAGGCAACAACACUCGGAGAAUUUUAUUACAAAUUACCUUUCAUCCUCUCAUUUGCUAAAAGAUUAUAGGAAGCAAUUUUGUAUACAGGGGAGAUCAACAGAUUGGAAAAUAUCUAAUGAAAUUAACACAAUAUUUGUAUAUGAUUUAAUCUUGUACUGUGAUGAGAAACAGUCAAAAGUUAUGGAAGUUGUUAACACUUUACGCCGAGUGACCAUGGGCCAUGGGUCUCUUUCGUGAAGAGUAUGUAGAAAUUGCUACAGAUGCAUGUUAAGGCAGAAAAUGCAGUAUGUUUUGUUAGCCAUCGUUUGGUUUGAACACUUUUGAUCCCUUGGCGAGUCACACACGAGGCGUCAGUGACUGACGCUGUCUUUGACGCACCUUGUGAGAGUGUAUGACGCAAAGGGUGAACAGAAAAUGAACAGUGUUUUUUUACCAUUGCUGCUGAUCUGCAGAACCAACAGCAAUAUCGCCACCACCACCACCACCGCCACCACCACCUCCCCCACCACCACUACCAUAUUGCCAUUAUUAUGCACCCUCAUCAUGCACAAUAGCUAACGCCAUCCCCAUAAUCACGCCACCCGCACCACCAUGCACCAACGUGCUCAAUCAUACAAUCAUCACCAUCCCCGCCACUAACACCACCACCAUGCACAAUCAUGUCAUGCACCUUCAAAAGUGCACCACCCCCCCCCCCCGCGCCCAACUGACACCACCACCAUGCACAAUCACCACCAUCGCUACCACCACCUCCCCGCCUCCUUCACAACCGGUCACCAUUACGCCACACUCAUGCAUCAUCAUCACCACCACCACCACCACCAUCACCACCACCACCACCACCACCAUUACUGAACGUAUGUACACACACGAAUGUCAUAUUAUCUCUAUUUAUAUCUUUUUUAAACUUGACAAGCUUAUUUUAUUUCGAACAAAGACAAUUAUAUCGCCGAUGACAAUAACUAUUUUGUUGGUAAAAUGUAUGCACAUCGCACAGGCACAUUAAAAAUAAACAUUAUAAAGUUUUACAGGAGAAAGGCAUGAACUUUUGACAUGAUUCAUGAUAAUUGUUAUUGACAAGAAUUACUGUAGCAAGUACUGCCUUUUUUCAAUGCCCCCAUCUGCAGAUCCUAAGAAUUAUUCUUUGCUGUUGCAAACAAACUCGAAUUCUUCAAUGACAGCUCAUCAUUUAAAAUAAUGUUAACUAAGCGGUGUAUGAAAAAUGUGAAAAAAGUGUUUAAAAAAAAUAACAGUACUCUAAUGACACCGUAAUUUUGUAUAAUUGAUAUACUUGCGUAAACUUGCUAUAUAGCACGGUGCCUUAUUAUGGCGGAGGUGUAUUUAAGAUAUGUAACAUAAUAUAUACAAACAUAAACAAUGUUAUGAAUUUGUUUUUGAAUUCUUUCUUGAAAUAGUGUAUCAAAUUACACACAGGUGUAUAUUUUAUAUCCAAGUGUGUAUGUAUGUCAUUGUGUAUAUAUCAUUAUCGAUCAAAUAAAUUUAUCGUAUGAUCGUCGAGAGCCUCCGCUGUCGUGAGUUACAUUAUAAGUCACCCUUUUAAAACGUAGUACAAUACUGGCUAUCACUGGUCCUGACCAUAUUGGAGCAUUUUACUUUAACUGGGUGAGUAAAAAUAAUUUUAAAAAACGCCUCGAUAUGCUAGAAGUUGUCAAUGUGAAUAAUUUAACUUCAGUUCUUUUUUUGAUACUAUGUGAGUUUCUUGAAAUACAAAUUGUUCACUAUCAGUCCAUGAGUUUAUAAU